UGGGGCCCCCUACUGACCCCGGGCCCUCGGACAGUGCCUGAGUUUUCCAAAUGGUCAGUCCGCCCCUGGUGCCACCUGUCAGUGUCCAUCAGUGCCACAUCAAUGCCACAUAUCAGUGCCUACCAGUGCACAUCAAUGCCGCAUAUCAGUUCCCAUCUGAGCUGCCUUUCAGUGUCACCCAUCAGUGCCAGUCAGUGCCACCUAUCAAUGCCAAUCAGUGCCACCUAUCAGUGCUGCCAGUCAGUGCCGCCUAUCAGUGCCAGUCAGUGCCGCCUAUCAGUGUGCAUCAGUGCCUGUCAGUGCUGCUUAUCGGUGCUGCCUAACAGUGCCGCCUAUCAGUGCCAGUCAGUGACGCCUAUCAAUGCCACCUAUCAGUGCCGCUUAUCAGUGUCAUAUAUGAGUGCUGCCUUUCAGUGCCCAUCGGUGAUGCCUGUCAAUGCCCAUCAUUGCCACCUACCAGUGCCUCCUCAUCAGUGUCCAUCAGUGCCACCUAUCAGUGUCCAUCAGUGCAGCCUAUCAGUGCCCAUCAUUGCGGCCUCAUUAGAGCACAUCAGUGAAGGAGAAAAAUCACUUAUUUACUAAAUUUUAUAACAAAAACUAAGAAAAAACUUCUUUUUUUUUCCAAAAUUUUCAGUGGUUUUUGGUCUGUUUAAGAAAAAAUAA